UGCAUCAACUUUGCUCACGUACGAGGGCCGCCGCACCACCUUUGCUGCCCAAAACGGCAAAACCCCUCCCCAGCGGCGCCGCCCCGCCGGUGAGCUCGACCAAGCACCUCCGCGCUUCUCCCCACCUCCCCUCCCUCUCCGAUGAGCUGGAACCACGCGGCGGCGGCCGCGGCCGGGAGGGUCUCGGCGAGGACCACCGCCAGCCGCGGGUUCGCGAGCGCCGGCGGCGGCCGCCGCGGACGUAGGCCCGCGGCGCCCCAGCCGUGGUCGUGGGCGUGGCUGCGGGGGCUGUGGCGCGGAGAGCCGAAGAAGCAGCGGGGCGCCGCGAAGAGGCCGGGGAGGCGCGCGGCCGAGGGCGACGGCAAGGUCUCGCCCGGCGACGCCGCUCCCUCGUUCGUCGACCCCAAUGUGGCAGCGCUGGAGAGCGGCGGGGGAACGGCCGGCGAGGAGGACGCGCCGUCGGGGAUCUGCCUGCAUCAAGACCUCGACACCGCGCGCGUACAGGCAAGCGGAUUCUCAGUUUCCCACCGCAACUUCCUAUGCCCGGUUUGGUCUGACGCUGUCUAAUUGUUAAAACUAGUCUAUCAAAGAGAGUACUUGAUGAGC